GUGAGCACGUGUGCGCGCACGUGUCGGCUGCCCCCAGUGUCGCGCUGUUGUCGAGUGGCUGCCGCGCGUCGCUACAUGUGUGCUGCCCACGUGCCCGCGAUCCUGCUGCAGCACCUCCGAGAUUGUGACCCUGUAAGCGUGCACGACAGGUGAAGCAGUGAGAGAGUCGGCCCCGCCCCGCGACAUGGCAGCCCGCCGCCGGCACUGAGCAGGCAGGCAGGCAUGAGCCGCAGGCGGCAGCCGGGCGUCCUGCUUCUGCUGACUGGCGCCGUGGCUGCGGCAGCCCUGCGUCACCAGGGGCCGCCGGCCAGCUGCCACGUGGCGCUCGGCAUGGAGGAGGGCCGCAUCCCGGACUCCGCAGUGUCCGCCAGCUCCUCCUAUGAGCCCAAGUCUGUGGGGCCGCAGAACGCCAGGAUCCGGCAGGAGAAGAACGGCGGCGCGUGGUGCCCGAAGGCGCAGAUCAGCAGCGAGGUGCAGGAGUUCCUGGAGGUGGACCUGGGCCGGGCGCACCUCAUCACCGCCACCGAGACGCAGGGCCGCUUCGGCAACGGCCAGGGCCAGGAGUACGCCGAGUCCUUCCACCUGCUCUACUGGAGGGACGCGCUGCAGCGAUGGGUCAUCUACAGGGACUCCAGUGGGCGCAAGUUGAUGUCGGGCAACCGCAACACGUACCUGGCGGUGCGUCAGCAGCUGGAGCUGCCGUUCGUGGCGAGCCGCGUGCGCUUCAUGCCCUACUCCCAGCACACCAGGACCGUCUGCAUGCGGGUCGAGCUCUACGGCUGCCCCUGGACGCAGGGCAUCUUCAGCUACGUGACUCCGAAGGGCGACCGCUGGUCGGACGGGCAGCAGCUGGAGGACCUCAGCUACGACGGCGUCAGGGACGGCCGCUUCGUCGCCGCCGGCCUCGGGCAGCUCGUCGACGGCCGCAUCGCUCCCGCCAACCCCGAGGACGACGGGGCCGGCAGAGGACUCGCCUGGAGGCCCGACUGGCGGUGGGUUGGCUGGCACAACGCGACACACCAGGGCCAGCCCGUUGAUGUGGACCUGGAGCUGGACGGGCCGCGGGAACUGACCGCCAUCCAGAUACACGCCCUGCACAAACCCGAGCACGGCAUCCAGGUGUUCUGCGAGGUGUCGGUGCAGCUGAGCCUGGACGGGCGCCACUUCCAGCCGGCGCUGCGGCGGCCCACGCCGGCGCCCGCCGAGGCCACCGUCAACGUGAGCGUGCCACUCCAGCAGCGCGUCGCGCGCUUCGUCCGCCUCCAGCUGCACUUCGCCGACGCCUGGCUGCUCGUCAGCGAGCUCGCUCUGGACUCGAUGCCUGUACCUCGCAACGUUUCGCAGCUCUACCUGGAACAGAUGUUUUACCAACAGGACAGCGCUCUAGAAGAGAUAAACACCCUAGAUUCUGAAAUACCGACGGAGAAGCCAGCUCAGAAGCGCAAGGAGAUAGCACCUGCGACAAACGCGACGGGCUCGCAGCAGGCGUACGUGGGCCUGGUGGCGGGCGGGCUGGCGUCGCUGAUGCUGCUGGCUCUGGCGGGGGCCGCCGUGGUGGUGGUGCGCCGCGGCCGCCAGAAGGUGGCGCUCCUGGCGGGCAAGCCGUGCGGCGGCUUCACGGCGGCGCCUGUACGGCGGCCGCGGCGAUGA